AUGCCUAACUCCUUGAGCAACCCAUCGACUGAUGCUCCGGCCAAAUACCAGCCGUGGAAGAAAUGGUAUAAGCAGAACCCCAAUGCUCAGCCAGUUGUUAGACACCAAGUCGAGCUCUUUGAGGAUUCUCGCAACGGCCACGCGCCUACCGAACUGCCUGUUACCCUUUACAAACUCGAACUUGAUAGCCUCGAAGGACUCUUGGAUCUGGAAGAUGAAAGCUGA